AUGUCUCACGCCCAGUUAUCGAGCAUCGCCAUGGAACGGCUGGUGGCCCGGAGGACCUUCCCCCUCCACAAGCGCACCGGCGUCUGCCGAAACCUCUUCGGACCGGUGGACCACGACGAGCUCAGCCGGGAGAUGAACAUUAAACUGCGGGAGAUUUCCGAGCGCGACCGGCAGCGAUGGAACUUUAAUUUCGAGGAAAACACCCCUCUGGAUGGAGACUACCAGUGGGUGGAGGUGUCCUCGGAUAACAUCCCGGCGUUCUACCAGGGCUCGUCGCAGCUCAGCGUGCCCGCGACGCCCGUCAAGCAGCACCCGGAUGCAACGGAGCGUCUGGCCGCGCCCGUGGAGAGCGACGCACCGCCGGCGGAGCUCAACCAGGAGAACCGCGCGGACAAGCUCAACUCCCGGGGGCUUGCCCACAGAAGGGCCGCGUGUGGGGGACGGAAAAGGCCGACAGCCCCGGAGGACGACAACACGCACAUCACAGAUUUCUUCGUGAAGCGAAAAAAGGCCGCGGAGAGAAAGUGUGUGGAGCUGAGCAAUCACUCCAAGUCGCCCAUUCCCAUGGAGCAAACCCCCAGGAAGAGAAUCCGUUGA